AGCUAGCUCCGACCGCUGGCUGCUGCCGACUAAUCUGGAGAGAUUUAACCCAUCCAGAUACCAUCAUGUCCUCCCGAACUCUGCCUCUGCUGUUCAUUAAUCUCGGUGGAGAAAUGCUGUACAUCCUGGACCAACGGCUUCGAGCUCAGAACAUCCCCGCUGACAAAGCCAAGAAAGCUGGCUGGAUAGAGGAUGACAGAAGGAGAGUUAUGAAUGACAUCAUCACCACCAUGUUCAACAAAAAGUUCCUCGAAGAGCUUUUCAAGCCACAGGAGCUUUACUCCAAAAAAGCCCUGCGGACUGUGUUCGACAGGCUCGCCCAUGCCUCAAUAAUGAGACUGAAUCAAGCCAGCAUGGACAAGCUCUAUGACUUGAUGACCAUGGCUUUCAAGUACCAGGUGCUCCUCUGUCCCCGGCCGAAGGACAUCCUUCUCGUCUCCUUCAACCACAUGGAUGCGAUCAAAGACUUUGUGAAAGACACUCCCAGCAUUCUCAGCCAGGUGGAUGAGACCUACCGGCAGCUCGUAGAGAUGUACACAACCCUGUCUAGUGGAGAAUUCCAGCUGAUCAGACAAACUCUCCUCAUCUUCUUCCAAGACAUGCAUAUAAGAGUGUCUAUUUUCCUCAAGGAUAAAGUGCAGAAUUCUAAUGGCCGCUUUGUACUUCCCACCAGUGGUCCGGUGCCUUAUGGAACACAAGUCCCAGGUUUGAUAAGGAUGUUUAGCUGCAGCGGUGAAGAGGUGACCAGGCGGCAGUUCAGUCACGGAGGAAACUACACCGCUGCUCUCCGGGAGGGAUCGUUCGAGAUAUUUGGAGACCGGGUCACCAAACUAGGCACAAACAUGUACAGUGUGAGCCGCCCAGUGGAAACCCACAUGUCAGGAACAUCUAAAAACUCUUCUCAGCACACAAAGGUCAACGUUGCUCCCAAUCCACUCGCCAAAGAGGAGUUGAACCUGUUGGCCAGGUUGAUGGGAGGGUUAGAGGUUCAGACGCUGGGAAACGCAGAGAGCGGCUUUCGAGUCAACCUCUUUUCCACCGACGAGGAAGAAGAAGAGGCAUUAAUAUCAAGACCAGAUGACCUCUUAUAUGGAGUCAUAAACAUCCAAGCUACGAAGGACCAGCAGGCCAAUGCAGAGCUGGCCAAGAUCAUGGGGGAGUUCACAGACUCCGGGGAUCAAUCUCCCAGUUCCAGCAGCAAAGGAGAUGACCUUCUGGCCAUGAUGGACGGGCUGUGACAUCAUCACUCUCUCAGAAAUGCCCAGGGGGUGGGGCACAAUGGAUCGGCAACAGUACGUUCAACUGAGGACCAGUCUGCUGUUUGUAGCCACACACACACACACACACACUGCACAAACCUCACACGGUUAGAAAUCCUUCUUCUUUGGGUGCUUUUUAAAAUGCAGAUGUGAGUCAGUGUUUCCAUUGAUUGUUAAAUGACCAACUGCUUACUCCAAAUUUGCAUAUUUAAGUUGCAAAUAAUGUGGGGAGCCCAUCUUUGAGCUGUAAGACACUUUAAUCUGAUGUUUCAGUGUUUCAGUGGGCUGAUGUCAGUGUGUUAAACAUGUGUAUGUGAAUUGGAAAACUGUCUUUUUGGAGUUGGACUGCGCUCCAGCACACAAAAUACAUAUUUUACACAAUUGAAUGUAUCUUAAAUGUUCAUUUAUACAUCUAAGUUGUAGUUGAUUGUGAUUCCAUGUUACAAUAUGAAAAGGGAAUUUGCUACUACUGCUGUAUUUUAAGAAAACAUAUUAUGAUAGUGUGGGGCGAUCGAUGGAAACCCAAGUGCUCUUUCAAAUCUUUAUUUUGUUAAGAAAUAUGUUUGUGUUGGGUCACACUGUACUUCCUUAAAACAGUAUGAGGACCAACUUGUACGUCUUUUCUCAAUAUCCUGUGAUGUCAAUAGUUUUGACGGAUGACCCAGAAAUGAACUCAUUGAUAUGUUAUUAUGAUGGAUGUAGAUAUGUUUAUUGCAUAAUUUAUUUAUUCAAAUGUAUUUUAUUUGUAUACAUAUUGCAAAAGUCUGUAAAUUGUUAAAUGUGGUAUGUAAGAUUUUUAAUAAAUACAUGAAAAAAGUUGUUUUUUACACA